AUGCAGUUCUCCGACUCCACGUCGUCGAGCUCGUCAGCAGCUUCGACCCCGAGACGCCGAGGUGGUGAUCACUUCGUGGCGGUGAACGCGUCGACACCGCUCGCGAGCGCGGCUUGCGCCUUUCACGGCAUGCACUCAUCAGAGAGACACAGUCGUGACAACGAAGAUGCCCAGCGGCUGUAUGGCGACAACAGCUCACUUCGAAUUCAACUGACUGCGGGACUCCACAGAGCCGACAGCCCAGUCUCAGGCGUCGUAGCAGCGCCCCCCGGUGCUAAGAGUGCAGAUGACGAUGGUCAACAGCUCCGCAUCCCAUCUACGCAGCAAGCGCCAUCCUUCUUUGCCAAGGCGCCUAAUGCUUCCUCUGCGAAUCAGCGAUUGUGGAGCGAUAACUCGGAAGCUGAGCUGGACACGAAGGCAUUUCGAAUGACUCAGUCGCCUUCCUCUUCCACUUCGCCUGCGUCCUCCGCUUCCUCACUGACCUCUGGGCCCCAGAAGGCGAAAGCUAGUGCAAGCGCAAUGAAGCGUCUGCAGCUGCGUCGUCUCUCGGCUUCCAAGACACCGUCUAUGGCGUCGUCUGCAUCGUCAUCCACGCCGCUCGCCCCGGCAGCGCGCCGAAGCAGCAGCUCCUCGUCCUCCUCGUCCGGAUCCUCUGCGUCCAAUGUGGUGCUUCAUCGACUUCAUUUGCCGCAUGCCACAUCAGCGCCGCUUUCGAUGACUGCGGCGGCCCCACCCGCCGCGUCAGUUCCACCACCUGCGCAUCAUGUAGACCCCUUGCGCACUGACGUGAUGACGACCCCACCCACCGCGGAAACAUCAGCGACACUGUCACUACAUCCAUCGGGGGUAGAAGCACCCGCGAUGCCAGCCUCUGACAGCACCCUCACCGAUACAGGCCACCACGGCACCGCUGGUGCCAGAUUCUCCACUUCCUCCGCCAGCCCCUUGACGCCCAAUCCCGCCGGUUCGUACAGGCCCCCGUCUAAUGCACCAGCGGCGGUCUGCUCCGCCGCGCCGGUCAUCCAACCGACGUCGCAGUUGCCCACCAACACGUCUUUUGGGAGUAAACCUCCAAGCGAUUCACUACUGCCGCACAUUAAGCGGGCCGCUGCAGCGCACAGCAACGGCGUGUAUUCAAACUUCGAGGACUUGUCGAAGGAAGAGGUGGGCGAGAGUGAGCUGAACAGCAGUGCAGCGAGUCGAGCUGCCCAUGCGGCGCUAGACGCUGCAGAGCAGCUGCAUGAGCACGAGGGUCACUCCGACCCUUCCCCGGCGCAGAACGCAGCGACUCCGCCGCCGCCGCCACCGUCAGAGCAAGCUCACACAUCUGAGGGCGAGGUCCAACCCACCAAAGGUGACUUCAUCCCUAGAGAGAAGGGCUGCAACGGUACUGUCUCAGGCACCCUGGUAAGCAACAGAGCCGGCUCCGUACACACCCCUCCGUCUGAAAGGUGGCCACCUGUGUCUGAUGUGGAGCGUGUUGGCUUGGAUGCCGUUGCUGCUGCUGAAGUUUCUUUCGACAGUGGUGUGACCGCAGCCACGAGACGGCAGCCGCCACCUCCGCCGACCCCAUCCACCACCACAAAGAAGUCGCCAUCCUCGUCUUCCGCUAUGCGACAUGGCGUGGAGAGCGACGACACCACCAGUAUCAGCAGCGGUGACAGGUCCUCCGAUACUGAGCUGACAGUCGAGCAGCAAAACCCCCCAAUCAUGAGGCAGGGCACCUUUACAACUCACACAGCCCCUGUCAAGGCGACACAGGCUGUGGUGAGCUACAAUCCCUCGGCCCUCCCACCGAACCGCAGUAGUAGUAGUAGUAGUAGUAGCCACUCUAGCGGCAACACCAGGGACUGUGGUGGUAUCCGCGGAGGCUCUGCUGGCGGUGACGGCGACAGUCCCGCGCCUGUUUCCGAUCAGAUGGCUCGAGCCCCCGUUUACAAGAUGCGCCACAACUACGACAGCAGCGGCGACGACACGGGUGCAUUGUCACCACAGCUCCAGACGGUGAUGGAGUAUAGCGGCAAGCUGGAGGAGGCCGCUAUUGCUCCGAACGUUGGCUCUGCGAAAGUGCCACCCACAACCGUGAUGGCGGGUGGCACUGUCAAUGGCGCUAACGGCCAGGGCGUCGCCACUGCAGCCUCCUUGCCUGACUUCCUGCAACACCUGCACCAUCCUGCCCUUCAACCCGCGGCAACCUCCGAAAUGAACGGCGAGACGAAGAGAGCCGCCACCGUUCCUACGAGACCGACCAUAGGAAGUGAAGCGUCGGCGUCGCGCGCGAGUGCUGCUCUGAUGCCACCAUCGCCGUCCCAGGCGCGCACCGCGGAGACACUAGAUAGCAGCUCCUCUCUCUCGUCCUCGUCCGGAGACGGCACUGCUGCGGUGCUUGCGAGACAAUCUACUCACAGCAACGGCGGUCAGGCGCUGCCGUCUGCAGAGCGUGACGCAGGGGUGCAACGGUCAGAGAGCGAUGCGGUGCGGCGGGUGUUGGUGAUGCCACUUAUGCCGGACUUCACAUCGUCGUCCUCUACCUCCUCGAGAGACGUUGGCGGCAACAGCAAUGAGUCGGGGAAAGCCAUUGACAGCGAAAGCGCAAGCGUGGCAAGCAGCGAGCAGGCCUACAUCGAGGAAAAGGGAAACAGCAGCGAUAGGCAUACGCCGCCAUCUCACGCCAUGGACGCGAUCUUCGCGAAGGACAUGCCCACUGCCCAUGCGCGUGUUUUGCCAAGCGCGGGAGCUCUCGACAGCGGCUGCAGUUGGAUGCGCGAGGAGGAAGAGGAGGAGGAGGGGAGACCCAUCCACAGAGCCAGCGCAGAGGAACAAGACAGCAAUCCCCUUGCGCUGCAGGAGGCCAGUCGCUGGGACGACGUGCUGGGAGAGAUGGAGCUGGUCGACUGCUCAGUGGUUUCGCGCGUGUAUCAGCAACCUAUGCCACGCCAGCGCACCAGGUGCCGCUCCAACGGCGAAGACGAGGAAGACAACAUAGACAGCGAAGACGGUGACGAGUAUUGCAUCUUCAAGGUUGUUUCGCUUUUCCCCAUAGCUGCCGCAGACCAUUGCGAACGGUGGCCGCUAUGUACUGGAGUGCAGAGGCGGUUGCUGGCUCUGGCAGAGGAGAUGCGUGCUACGCAGCGCGCGCUCGACGAAGCAGGCUUGACCGCUGCUCAAGCGGUGCAGGCGCCCUCAGCCUUUCAGCACGUCGGUGCCAGUGGAGAGGUCAACCCCAACAGAGGAGAAGCGGCGGGUUGCAGCGCGGACGAUCCAGAGGACGCGUUUGCCCAGCGGAGGCGGCGUACUACCUGCGCGGGCGUGUCGGAAGUGUACGUCGACUCUCGCUGCCGUCUCAUCGCCCAGCUGGAAGUGGCGCCGUACACGGUACCGCUGCGGCACCUUGUCGCCACGGCCACCUCUGGCACGGGGCUUCGUGAGAACGAAGUACUGGCGCUCAUCCGCACCGUCGUUUGCAAGGCGGCCACCAUGCACAACGCAGGUUUUGUGCAUGGCGCACUGCAUGCUGGCAACGUACUCCUCUCCAGCUACGACGGCGACGCGGUACUGGCGCAGCCAUGUGGUCUGAUGAGUCAAAGCUCGUGGCUGCCGUGUGACUUGUCCGUCAUCAGCGUGGCACGCGCCUACGCCAUGGCGCCAUUUCUUCCCAAAGUCUGGGGCGCACGUCAGUCGCACGUCGGCGUCACCACGUCGACGCGACUCGGUUUCCCACAGCGGCCAAACACCGCAGAGCUCAUCACAUACCACAACUUGGCGGCGCUGGGCUGGCUCCACGGCAACGAUGCAGAGAACGCGAGGCACUUUAAUGGCGGAGGCGACAGUGCUGAGUCGAGCAUGCCCGGUACUCCCUACACCCCCAUCGCCGCCGACGACCUCUAUGCCGUUGGCAUGAUCGCCUUCCUUAUCUAUUGCGGCGUCCCGCCGUUUCACAUGACGUCUUUGUGGGCGGUGGUAGAGCGACUCACGUCGCUGGGUGAUGACUACAGGGCUGCCAUGCAAUGCUCGUCGUUGUCUGUGGCGGCGGCCCGUCAGGAGGCGCGCCGUGUGGUGGCGGAGUUCUGCUUUGGCACCUGCCAACAGAGCAACAGUGUUGCUUCUCUGUCCUCAGUCGAGCCCAUGCAGCAGCGCGCCGUUGCGCGAUUUCGACCAGAGUUCGAGCAGGCGCUGCAGUCCUUCAUUGUCGACUGUGUGGAGGCAUCGUGCUGGGUGGCGAUGUUGAAGCCGCAGAGCGGGGCUCCUUACAAGGCGGGUGCGACGCAGCACGUCUACACCGACGCCCAGGAGCUGCUUAGUGGUCACCCCCUUUUCGUGUACUUUGCCCUUCCGGAACAGGCAGACGAGGACGGUGCGAAGACGCAGGAAAACACUGGCGGAGGACCGUCGGCGGUGAAGGAAGAAUCUCAGCAAACCACUGAUGAGGGAAUGCGCGACACGGUACACCGUGUUGCCUAUCCUGCCUUCUGCACGUGGGCUCGCGCCCGUGAAGACUGCGGCUCAGCGCCGCACAUGAGUCGACUGCACAGCAAUGCAGUCUUCACCGCUCGCUGCACGGCGCUGUGCGAGGGCGUCUCUGCCGUCGCACCAUACGACGACCAAGCGACAGGUGUGUCACCGAAGGCCCUCCAGAGGUACGAACUGCGGUCAAGGCUCUCGAUUCUCAGUCCUCAUGUGGUGGGGGUGCUGCAGGGAUGGCAGGCACCCUUUCUUUCCGGGGAAGCAGAGAUCAGCUGCGGUCAUGACCACCAAACGGACACGCGCACCUGUGAAGUGACUUCGGCGGCGGUAGCGGGGGCGACUCGGUAUCGGCAGUGGCCAGGCAACGCUCGUUCAGCAACGGACGCUAUCGAGUGCCGGCAUUUGCCUUCGCUGAUGCGACCGUCCACUGUUAUGGCACCUGCCUGGCUUUUUGCCAAUCAUGACGACGACGGUGGCGCUGAGGCCGACAUUUCGGCCACCGCGUUGGCGCAACAAGAGGAUGCGCUCGCGACACAGCCCUUCUCUGGUGACGGGCUUCGUACUGACGGCAGCUUUGUGCGUCACCCGCACCUGCGCACGCUCACGUUGGCGAGGAAGCAGAACGGCGCCUUUUCCUUAAGCCGGCCUUUUGUUCUUUCAUGUGUGUUGCCAGCCGUCGACACGCUGGUGCUACAGCACUUAGCUGACUGCACGGUGACGGUACUCGCGCCGUUUCGCUACAUCGUCCUUGAUGCGUUACAGCGUUGUGAAGUUCGCCUGGGCCCCUGCGAGUCGUGCGUGCUGCGCGAUGUGCACGACUGCCCUCUCAUCGCCGUCGCCGCGCGCCAGAUCUCUGGCAAUAACGUCACCGAGACACACUUGAGUUGGAGUGAGCAAGGCAGCCGCCGUCCCCUGCUAAAGUGUAGUCGUGGCGUCACCACAUCCCUCUAUGGCCUGCUGUACAAGGGCCUUGUUGAGGACUACUCCAUGGUGGGACUUGCUCUCGAGCAUGCCGUCUGCUUUGCCGACGCUGACGAACUGAAGAGCGACUCCGCUGAGGUCGACGACUCCGUCGCUUUUCGAAGCCCGGCGAUGGCGCGUCGCCGCACUGUUGAACUACUGGCAAGCACUGCGGCCAGUGAGAACCAGAGUCAGGCGCAAGUGGAGCUAUGCCUUGCCCCGGAGGCGCCAUAUGACCUUACGCUGCUCUCGAGCAACACCCGCUACGUGCACAGUGGCAGGCAAAGCAGCGGUAUGAAGAGCUCAUGGAUGCCUCCGCCUGACGUGUUUCAUUUCUUUGGCGAGCUAGCUGAGAAGGACGUGGUAGUGUGCGAUGUGCACGGCAGCACUCGCGACGGCGAAGCCCGCCCGGUGGUCUUUCUGAUCGGUGCUCUCGGAGACGUUGUGGUCGAGCGAUGCAGCCAUUGCACAAUUGUGGUGGCCGGGACGCCGAGCAACCUGCAAGCCUCCAAGUGCCACGACUGCCAGCUGAUCUUCAUGGCACGGGAAUCGGUUAUUGAGGACUGUGCCCGCGUGGAGUGCGUGGCUCUCGUGACGGAGUACCUUCUGCUGCGCGAAUGCGAUGCGGUGCGGGUGCGGCCGCUCUUUCUCCACUGUCCCUUCAGUGAUGAGGUGCUACGGCGCGUGGUCGAUGGAAGCGUCGGCGGCGCCGAGGAGGAGGCGGUGAUUAGUGCGUACGAGGCUGGCCGGCUUGAUGAGCUGAACGCCGUGCUGCGUGGUGUUGGGCAGGGGGUAUACGUGGAGGCCUCCCAGAACGUGGUGGUCGAGGACAUUGGCUACUACUAUCACCGCAGCGGCCGGACUGAUGAUGGCGAGCACGAGGAAGGGGAGGACGGCGCAGAGGGUGACGGCUUCUCAGUGUUGUCGGUUGCGUACGUGAGCAUCCAGAGCUCCACCGCGGUGGCGAGUUCCUUGGGCGAUGCCUCGGCGUUCAUGGCAGAGGCGGCGCAGUCGCUCGCGGAGCAUCUCUCCGUGCCGUGCUACCUCGAGCCCCUCCAGCGCUACAGUAGCGAGAAAAAGGACACAUCCAGCCAUGCGGAUCGGCCUGUCGUGUCCUUCCACGAUUUACUGAACUGCUCUGUGCUGCGCCUGCGUGGGUCUCUGUGUCCGCUGGAGUUACAGGCACAGUCCACAUCACAGGAUUCCACGGCGGCACUCGUGGAUGUGUGUGUGGAGCGCGUGCACGGCGGCCUUAUCUACGUGGAGGAUGUCGUUCACACGCUGUGCCUGCGUCACUGUGUCGGCCCACUGGACGUCGUCGUCUGCGCUUCGGCAACGGUGUUGAUGGAAGCCUGCGUCGGUGUGCAGCUGCGCACGGCGUGUGUCAACUUCAACGCCAUGGAUUGCAUCCAUUGCCAUCUGGCGCUUCACGUGAACAACGCACCACAGUACCAGCGUUGCAGGAGUGUGCAGACCUCGGCACUGAACAUUACCGCGGGGGACUUCGACGCCCUGCUAACCGCUGCUGGAGUGGACUUGACAACAAACCUGUACGAUGCACCACUGCUAGUGGCGGAAGAGCGGGAACCGACGGUGGCGGCAGGGUCGUCAGGCCCGUCGUUGGAGUCGCGCGGAGUGCAUGCCUUUUAUGGUGGCUGCGUGGACUCCUCCACCGCUCCCUACAGCACCGCCGAUAUGUGCGCUGUACUGCUCGCCACAGCGCAUAGAGAGCAGCUGCACCCGCAGCAAGGGGGAGCGGUCGACAGCAGGCUGGGAGUGCCGCCUGACCAGGUGCAGCGGGUCAUGUCUGUGCUGCGUCAGCCUGUGACCGUGGUGCCCCCGCUUCCAGGGCUCUGCGUCAGCCCGAAUGAAGCACCGUUCCUGGAGGAACUAGAGGCGCAUGUGGGGUUGUGGGCCAAACGGCCGCUCUCGGUAUCGCGCGAGGAGGCCGUUGCCAUUGCACUGUACGCCUUGGCCGACUUGGCGGAAGUGUACUCGAGUGUCACGGAAUGGGCCGAGACGACGGACCCGGUGCGGUUCACCGAGGCAGGUGAGCUGGUGGCUGAAUGUGACGCAUCUCUGGAUCUCGAUGCGCCACCGCAGCUCCUGGUCACGCGUGCCGCUCCCUCACCGCCUACCACCACCUCAGCCUCCUCGACGCCCGGUAACCUUCCCAGACAGGCGUCGGAUGCUGUCCAGCAGAGGACGCCAUCCCCAGUCCAGCAGCAGCAGCUGCUGCUGCUGGAGACGGAGCAGUGCCGCACUGCAGGCGACUCCAGUGUAGCGGGAGGCCAAACACCUGCAAUGACUAUGCUGCUCGGAGUCGGUGUGGAGGAGGGCGCCCCUGGCACGGAGGACUCCGUGGAGGAGGUCGUCAUUCGCAGAGCACUGCUGCCGUCACUCCCUUCACCGCUGUCGACCCGCUACGCGGACUCCACGCAUGUGCCAAAGAACAACGUCGAUCAUACGUCAUCGGCAGAGGUACCUCAGGCCUCCCCAGUGACUCUUCGCCGACCAUCACGGCCAGGCAACUCGCCGAGACACCCGCGGCAUGGGGGACUCGCCUCUUUUGAAUCAACAACGCUGUCGCACGCAGCCGCGAGCUCGACUGGCUCGUCUGCCGCUGGGCUCGGUGACGGCGCCUCGAUGAUUGAGGAUGGCGCCUCGGUGAACUCGAGCGUCACUGCACCGCCGCUGCCGCCAGGGCCGACAUACGCACUGGACCCCACCAACUUCGGCGCCUCCUCCACCAUGGACGUCUUCUACCGUACACAGCGCGACACUGCGCUGUUGGCCACCGGCACGACAGGCCCCCUCAUGGAGGACGACGGCGGCGCGUAUUCGGUCACUGCACACAAUUUAGAUGGUGAGGGUCUGGAGUUCACCUCUGCCUCCCCCUCGCCCGAUCACAUACGGUCGCCCGCUAUGACGGACGGCAUCACCGGCUGCCGCCUAGCACUUGUAUCACCCGUGGGCAGCAGCGGCCACGAGGGCGCGUGGAGUGGACCACAGUCUUUCCCAGUGGCUGCGAACUUCAAUAUGCGGGAUGCCGAGGCGCGGGCUCAGUGGCCGUCGUCGUUGCAGAAGUCGCCGCGUUUUGUAAAGUCAGAGGUGCGCAGCAGUCACAACGGCGACGAGAUGCUGGACGACAUCACCGCGCCUCUUUCCACCAACAGUACUGCCGGUGCAAAGCGGCCACCGACAGCUUUGGGGAAAGAAGAGGACGAGCCGCACUACACAAGCAACGCCGUGUACUCCUCCCUGCGUACCUCCUCGUCUUCCUUGUCCGAGUACCGGCGACGCGGCGUGACGUCGUAUGCACACAACGCAGAGCACGUUGCAGGCGGCGGUGACGAUAGCGCUGGCGAAUCGCAACUGCCGGAGACCAACUUCCUCCAUGUGUCACAGGACUCGUCCUUGCGGCGUUUGGAGCUGAACUCUCCCACUCCCAAGGUUACCUCACCGACGUUCAUGAGUGCUAGAGGUGAGGGUGAGGGUGGCGAGGCUAGUAGUUUCUCCAGAGUCCAAAGCACCAUGCUAGUGCCGCCGGCGAGCGGGCCUGCCGCUCCGCCAAAGGCUAACCUUCUGGGGAUGAUGUCGUCGCCCGAGGUGAUAACGAUGCAGGAAGCCCACGCGGACGUGAGGGCGCUGCUGCAACAAGUAGAGGAGGCACGUAAGCGCUUCGCGCGAAAUCAGCGCUCGUGGCAGUCGCCAAAGGAUGGCGGCUUGGAGGCUCGUGUACGAGCGGCGGUGGCGAAGUUGACGGCCUUAAAGGCUACGUGUGCCGAGGCAGUCUAG